GUGCCUUCUGCAUCCCCCUGUACGUGCCCUAUGUGCUGACGGGGAGAUGGAUCUUCGGGAGGAGCCUCUGUAAACUCUGGCUGGUAGUUGAUUACCUGCUCUGCACCUCUUCGGUCUUCAACAUCGUCCUGAUUAGCUAUGACAGAUUCCUCUCGGUGACAAGAGCGGUCGCCUACAGAGCCCAGCAAGGCAACACCAAGCGAGCGGUGCUGAAGAUGGUGAUGGUGUGGGUACUAGCGUUCCUGCUUUACGGACCUGCCAUUAUCAGCUGGGAGUAUAUAUCGGGCCAGAGUAUCAUACCCACUGGGGAAUGCUACGCUGAAUUUUUCUACAACUGGUAUUUUCUCAUGACAGCCUCUACGCUGGAGUUUUUCACCCCUUUCAUCAGUGUAAUGUUUUUCAACCUGAGCAUUUACCUGAACAUACAGAAGCGGACCAAAAUACGCCUGGAUAUUUUCCAUGAAGUGCACAACCAGUCCUUCACUGAAGAGAUGGAAAUGAGCCCAGAAGCAAAGCUUUCUUUGAAAUGCUGUAAGUGGGAGCAGAAGGAGCCAGCUGAAACCCUCGACCUCUCUAAGAGCAAAGCUCAAGAAGCAGCCUCCACUGCCAGCCUGGAGAAAGGGAUGAAGAUCGUGUCCCAGAGCAUGACUCAACGCUUCAGGCUCUCUAGAGACAAGAAGGUGGCUAAAUCACUGGCAAUCCUCGUGGGCAUUUUUGGGUUUUGCUGGGCACCGUACACUCUCCUGAUGAUCAUCCGCGCUGCCUGCCAUGGCCGCUGCAUCUCUGACUACUGGUACGAGACAUCCUUCUGGCUGCUGUGGAUCAACUCAGCUGUCAACCCUGUCCUCUACCCGCUCUGCCACUACAGCUUCAGAAGAGCUUUUAUUAAACUCCUCUGUCCCAAGAAGCUGAAGGUUCAACCUCACGAUCCCCUUCAGAACUGCUGGAAGUGA